AUGGAAACUAGAGGUUGGAAAUUGCUUACUUGUGAUAAAGGCAAAACGAAGUUUCUUAUCAAGUUGUUUCUUAUCAACUGUCAGGAUAAUUCUUCAUACAAUCUUAUCAUUUGCGAUUUGGUGAAUAUCUGGGAAGAAUCCCUUUCAAACGAUGAUAUAAAAAUAAGAUGCAAACAACUUAAUCGAAGAUUAGAAGCACCAACACAAAGUAUUCUUCUACAUAUUCAAGAAACAUUGCUUCAUCAUACUACAAAUGUUUUUACGGUUGUUGAAACAUCAAAAGAAUUAGUUACCAUCAGCCUGAAAAAUUCAUUUCAAGAAGGAAUCCCGUUCUUAUGGGAAUUCACUUGCAAAAUGGUCCAAACUCAAAUGAGCAUUGAACUUUUUGUUGAACCUUUCUUGAAGCUUGUGGCAAGUUUACAAUGCUCUAAUGAUCAACUCAUUAAGGUUAUAAAAAAGAAAGAUGCAGAAAUUCGAGAUUAUAAAGAAAGUGGAUCAAAAGUUUCCAGACCAUAUUUGGAAACUUCAGAAUUUGAUUCAGAAGCUUUUCGGAAAGAUGUAAGACAGACUUCAGAAUAUGUAAGUGCAAUUAUCAAAGAUAGUUUUAUGAUUGCCACUGAUGAUUCCAUAAAUCUGAAACUAGUUGAUGUGGAAGCGGACGCAAAAAGUCCUCCAUCCAUAAGUAACUCAUCUUCUUUAUCAGGAGUUGCAAAUACAGAUUCUCCUGUGAAAAGAGCAACAGCUAAAAUAGUUGGACACAAGAAGAACAAAAUCAUUCGGGGAGGACGAAGACAACCAAUGGGGGUCGAAGUUUUGUCUGAUUCUGAUAGCGAUGUAGAUGCAAAGCCUACUCCUCCACCAGUGAAGAGAGCUUCAAAUCAGGAAAAAAAGAAGGCCACAAAGAAGAAGAAAGUCAUUGACAAGAGAAAAAAGCUCUUUUGAUAAAAACCUUAAAUGUGUUUAAGAUACCAUCCUUCUAAACCUUUGUGCUCAAGUGUAAAAUGAGAAUAGCUUUUUUUAACUAUUCUUCAGGUAAUUUUUGAUAAUAAACAUAUGAAACUAUUUUUAUAUCUGAAGAGGUCACUAAUCUUCAAGCAAGUCGAUCGAUUACUGCAAUCAAAAAGUUACUGAAAUGUAUUUGCACGAGCAGUGAAUGCCUAAAACACUUGGAAAUGUUAAAAUAUUAAUAUUUAUUGUGGUCAAAUAAGUUGUUGCAGAAUGUUCCACAUAACAUCAAUUACAUAAUAUUUCGAACAAGUUUAUAGUUGUUUUAAUUACACAAUUGUCAUACUUAGUAUAAUUUGCAAUAAAUCACUUUAAUAAGAAUGACUCUCAGAUUUUUU